UUCAGGUGCCUGCUGAGCCGAACACACUGUAUCACUCUCUGCACAAGACGUUGAGCCUCGACGGCGGGAAGCAGCUGAUUGGUCGAUCUCUCGGGAAGUCAGGGGUCGAUGGCCAUGGCGGGCCGACUCCUCCUCUUCCUAUUGGUCUCUGUGACGCUCGGCCACGCCCACUUCCCGUUUGGCCAGCGCCUGAAGCCCCGCCUCCAGAGAGACCGCCGAAACAUCCGGCCCAACAUCAUCCUCAUCCUGACAGAUGACCAGGACCAGGAGCUGGGUUCGAUGCAGGCGAUGAAUAAGACUCGCCGCAUCAUGGAGGAGGGCGGGACUUCCUUCUCCAACGCCUUUGUGACCACGCCCAUGUGCUGUCCGUCACGGUCCAGCAUGCUCACUGGGAAGUACGUGCACAACCACAACACCUACACCAACAACGAGAACUGCUCGUCCAUGUCGUGGCAGAGGCAGCACGAGCCGCGCACCUUCGGAGUUUACCUCAACAACACGGGAUACAGAACAGCCUUCUUGGGAAACUGACACACUGAGCCGCACGUGCCGGCCGGCUGGAGGGAGUGGCUCGGUCUGGUGAAGAACAGCCGCUUCACACACACACUGAGCCACACACACACACACACACACACACACAGCCAGGACUACCUGACCGACCUGAUCACGGCCGAGUCCAUCCGGUACUUCCGCUCUUCGAAGCGAGUCUACCCUCACCGGCCGGUCAUGAUGGUCCUGAGCCACGCGGCACCGCACGGACCGGAAGACUCGGCACCGCAGUACAGCACCGCCUUCCCCAACGCAUCCCAGCACAUUACUCCCAGUUAUAACUACGCUCCGAACCAGGAUAAGCACUGGAUCAUGCGUUACACCGGCCCCAUGAAGCCCAUUCACAUGGAGUUCACCAACAUGCUGCAGAGGAAACGCCUGCAGACACUACUGUCUGUGGACGACAGCAUGGAGAAGCUGUAUAACAUGCUGGUGGAGACCGGUGAGUUGGAGAACACCUACAUCAUCUACACAUCAGAUCAUGGCUACCACAUCGGUCAGUUCGGCCUCGUCAAAGGUAAAUCCAUGCCGUACGAGUUUGACAUCAGAGUCCCGUUCUUCAUCAGAGGACCCAACGUGGAGCAAGGCAGCAUUAACCCCCACAUGGUCCUGAACAUCGAUCUGGCUCCGACCAUCCUGGACAUCGCUGGCCUCGACACCCCUGCAGACAUGGACGGGAAGUCCAUUCUGCCUCUGCUGGAAACCGAAAAACCUGCCAACAGGUUUCAAGCGAACAAGAAGCCGAAGGUUUGGCGAGACUCGUUCCUGGUGGAGAGAGGGAAGCUGCUGCACCAGCUGGUCCAGGGGAAGGAAGUGUCCCAGGAGGAGAACUUUCUGCCCAAACACCAACGAGUCAAAGAUCUCUGUCAGAGAGCCGAGUACCAGACUCCCUGCCAGCAGACCGGACAGAAGUGGCAGUGUGUGGAGGACGCCACAGGAAAACUUCGACUCUUCAAGUGCAAGAGUGAAGGGGGCGGGGCUAAGACCUUCCAGAGGGGUGUGGCCGGCCGCCAGCGUCCAAUCAGCAUCAAGUCUCAGCUGUACCAUCGCGGCUCCAACCCGUGCGACUGCGACUUCGGCGACCUCCAACCUGUGAAGCCACGACUCUCCCCGAUGAGGCCGUUCAACAAGAAACCGUUCUUCCCCAAAAAGAAGUUCAAAACACUGAAGAGUUACUCCAGGAACCGAUUCAGCCGCUCCGUAUCCAUGACCAACAGUUACCCCGGUAACCACAGCAUCAGCAUGAUGGCGGGCGGGGCCAACUGGGCUCAGCCAAUCAGAGACGAGUCUGAGGACGAGUUCAGCGGGAUGGGAGGAGUUCCCAACGCGAUGGCGCUGCCAGACUCCCACAAAGUCACACACAAGUGUUUCAUUCUGCCUAACGCCACAGUGAAGUGUGAUACCGGAGUGUAUCAGUCUCUGCAGGCCUGGAAAGACCACAAGCUGCACAUCGACCACGAGAUUGAGACGCUGCAGACGAAGAUUAAGAACCUAAAAGAGGUCAGAGGUCACCUGAAGAAGGCCCGUCCUCUGCAGUGUGACUGUAAUAAAUAUCUGUUUAAGUCCAAACUGAAGAACAAGCUGAGGCUCAGAGGAGGAGGAGGACAUCCCUUCAGAAAGGGCGGGCCUCGGGACAAGAAGGCUUGGCUUAUGAAGGAGCAGAAAAGGAGAAAGAAAAUGAGGAAGAUGAUCAAGAGGAUCAGAAACAACGACACCUGCUCGAUGCCCGGACUCACCUGCUUCACUCACGACAACCAGCACUGGCACACAGCGCCCUACUGGACACUGGGUUCGUUCUGCGCCUGCACCAGCGCCAACAACAACACCUACUGGUGUCUGAGGACGAUCAACGAGACGCACAACUUCCUGUUCUGUGAGUUCGCCACCGGCUUCCUGGAGUACUUUGACCUCAACACGGACCCGUACCAGCUGAUAAACGCUGUCAGCUCUUUAGAUCGGAUGGUCCUUAAUCAGCUUCACGUUCAGUUGAUGGAGCUCCGAGGUUGCAAAGGACACAAACAGUGUAACCCUCGCAUUCGCUCAAUGGAUCAUGGAGGGCGGGAACAUGGCAGCUUCGACGACUACAGGGUGUUUGAAAGGAGGAAGUGGCCGAAAAACAAGAAACCUUCAUCCCGAAACCUAGGUCCGAUCUGGGACGGCUGGAAGGGCUGAGCCUCCUGAUUGGCCGGAGCAGGCUCCUGGCCCCGCCCACAGCAGCCUGAAGGAGCAAGGCGUGGUCAUCAAGGUGGCGGCACCCCAACCCCCCUCCCCCCACUGCUCAACCGGUCAGCCAAUCCGUUUCUGCCAUCUCUGUGACAUCGCUUGGCCCCUCCCACCCUGUUGCUCAGGGAGACGCUGGGACCAAAACACUCUUCAUCAGAGAGGAGGAGGAGGAUAGACUAAAUAUAAAAUAUCAGCAGCUUCCUGCCCCAAACUAAUCUAAUUAUAUUAGUAUUUCAAAAAGAAAAAUAAAUGAAAAAUACAUCAUAAAAACAUCCGUGAAAUUGCGUUCGCUAAUCCAAC